UUUUUAUUAGUUUAGUGUCUGCUCUUAUACGUCUGAUGUGAAGGUGAUGAGGUGUUGAAAUGCUAGAUUAAGAAUAAGUUCUUUGAAAACUCCUUUUUGAUGUUAAUUUUGAAUUAUUAAUUUUGUCCAUACUAUGAUUCCGUGGUCUUCGAUGAUAAAUAAACCAGCUGAAGGAGCCCUUUCUAAAGUCUAAGGUGCAGCAUUAGUAUUCUACUAUGUUGAAGGUUAUUGUAAGUGACAAUGGCAAGUAGGGACAUUGCCAACAUGCAUCUGUUCCUGGAAAUGAAAAAAACGUUUCCUGACUUGCCAGAAGACACUCUACGAAAUUAUGUGUUUCUUUAUGCACAAGACCAAGAUAAGUGCAUUGACCUUCUUCGAAAAGAAAGUGAAAAUCAUUUUCACCCAAGCCAGCCUUUUUCAGACUUCCGUUUACCAGAAAGUAAAACACUUCCUAAAAAAAGUGAUUAUGGGAGAACAUAUUUUGAUGCGAAUGAAUAUCCUACUCUCUUUAGUUCUUCUAAAUUCCAAAACAGAAGUUUAUUACCUAAUGUCUCCAAGAAAAGCAACGAACAUCAACAAUAUUCAGAUAUCCAGCAACCUACUUCUGGGCGAAGUACUAGCCAUGCUGGUGUAGUCCAUUUACCUAGGAAAUCUGAAAAUAUCAAUGUGCCUUUAAAACCUGAAGCACGUUCAGCUCCAGUCAUAGCAGAACAUGAACAGCCUUUUACAGAUAUGUACAGGCACAUACCAGUUUCUAGUCAUACAACAUUGUGCCAGAUGCCUGUUGAACAUGAUAAUUAUAAUCGUAUGAUGUUUUCUACUACAAAAGAACAUACAAUUUUACCUGUUGAUACUUCAAGACCAAGUGAUUCUGCAUCAGUAUCACCUGAAACAGAACAAAGGAAAAGACAUGCUGUGAAAUUAAGCAUCACACCUUCAUUCCCUUUUUCUCAGCAGCAGCACCAAAUUAAUGUAUACAACAGUCCAGUUUGUGCCACGGCUUCACAUUCGUCUAGACCUGGUCGGCACACGACCUCUCUGAAUUUCCAACUUCAACCACAGUCAUCAAAUCAAUAUCCUCUUGAGAUAUCAACGGUUCCUACUAACAUUGGAGAUCCUGGCAACUUCCAAGAUUAUGGAUCCCAUGUUCAAAUAUCAGUCGAUUCCCAAGGGGCUACUUUUACUGCAUUGAGACUUCAACGACCAGCUGCUUCACAAAACUAUACUUCAAAGGUUUCUUCGGCAGAGCCAGUUGACCAGAAUUUAUCUCAACUAUCUAGUCAAACUCAGAAUUCCAAGAGAUAUCCGUAUAAUAAUAGGAUAUUGCAAACAUCAGCUUCACCUUCAAAAGCUGUUUUAUUGGGAACAAUGGAUUCUUUAGAUGCAGAGACCUAUCCUAAACAAACAGGCAAUGUGUUAUACUCCAAGUGUCCUCAGAGUACAGACUUUCAGUCCCAAUUACAUUUUCCAGUUGAGCAUUUUCAAGAUAAACUGAAUGUUCCUCAUGGUUACCAUGCAUCACCUGAUUAUAUACAAGCUGUCAAAAAUCAUCAGAUUGCUCAACUGAAUAUGGUUAUUGAAGAAUUAAAAAAAGAAAAAGAAUUAUCUGCAAUAUUGAAAGCUGAAGUCAAUCGAAUGGAACAAGAUGUAAUUCAGAGAAGAAUGAAGAAAACUUCUUUUCCAUAUGCUGAAGAACUAAAAAAAUUAAGGGAAGAAAAUAGGAAACUCAGAGUUGAAUGCAAUUGUUUACUUAUGGAGGUUGAUGUUUGCAGUCCAGGACAAAUUCCUCUCGGAAUGACUGAUGAGGAUUUCUAUAAAAAUAUUUUUACUGGACCAAAUGGUACUGUGGCAUCUUCAUCAAAUCAAGUACGAAAGACAUCAAAUCCUGAAAGUUCAUCAACUCAAGCAAAACAAGCCUCUCCGUUAGAUGAUGAAGAUGAUGAUGAGAAAAAUAGAUGGAAGUGUAAAAAAUGUACAUUUGCCAAUCACCCUGCAUUAGAGAAGUGUGAAAUGUGUGAAUUACCCAAAAACUCAGGUUAUGUAGAAUAUAAUUCAGAUUAUACUCCAAGCACUCAUCUCAGGUUUGUGUCCUCAGCAGAGGAUCAACCCAGACGAGCUGUAGGUUCCUUUUUUGAUGAUAGCUAGUUCCUUUGUUUUCAUCUUUAUAUUCAAGGAAGGAUGAACUUGUCAACAAAGCCUGAAAUUUGUGGAAUUACGGCCAAAAAAAAAAAUUAAAUCAACCUUUCUUUUUAAAGAUGUCUGUCUUCUCUGUACGUGAAAUGUCACAUUUGAAAACAAGCAUUUAAAAGAACUUUUUGAUGUGUUACUACUUCCCUCUUCAAAAUAAAUAGGAAGAUUAAAAGGAAAACUGAAAGAGAUGUUAUGUAUAUUAACACUUUGAGUGCCAAGCAGUGCAGGAUUUACAUAUAAACUACACAAGCUAUAGCUUAAAGUCCCCGCUUUCUUGGGGGCCCCCAAAAAAAUUUUCUAGGUGUCUGAAAACCAUAUUUGGCACUGACAUAUAAUAUCUAGACUUAUAAAGGGCCUCGUAGGUAUCUCAUACAGCUUAGGUCUUAUCAAGUCUAAAUCCGGCUCUGGUUCCAAGCACAUUUCAAGUAUGAUUUCUGCCAUAUUGGACUCAGAAGGUGAUUAUGACCAUCUUAGAGCUUUUGUAAUUAUGACACAAAUCAUAAUGCUUUAAUUCCAUCAUACAGUGGAAGGUAAUUUCACAGCAGAUAAAACUGAAGAACCGUAUAAUUAGAAAAACCCACAUGGGAGAAAGAAGGAAGAAACUGAGGCAGCAUGUUUUUUUAACAAAAAUACAUUCUUUAAAUUGGUUGAGUAUAAGAAUAGUUGUAAAAUAAACAAACAGAUUUUUUUAAAUACUUUAUUAAAUAAUGUAUUUAGAAAUUAUAUAUUUAGUUUUGCAGUUUUACUCACUAGGUUACAUCUGUUUUUAUUGUCAUGUUUAUUUUAAUGAAAAUCUGAAUUUGAAAAGAAAAGAAGAAAAAUGCAGUCUUUUCAGUCUUCUUCAGCUGACCUUUUUCUUUUGCAGUGUAAAAUCAGCAGCAUUUAAUUUUUUUUCUUUUUAAUAAUGAAGUUUCUUAAUCAUCUGAAAUAGUUAAUUCAUGCGUGCAUUAUGAUGUAUAAAUUAAAUUUUUAAAAAACAAAAUUGAAAAUUCUGGUUUUGGGGCAUUGCUGGCAGGAUUUAUAUAUAUAUAUAUAAUUAUUAAAAUAAUAGGAAAAGUCUGAGCUUAAAUGAAAGUUUACAAUUUCUUUUUUAUGAAGGCUCUAAUUUUUUUUUUUUUUUUUUAAGAAAGUUUUUAAGAAACCUAAAUGUUGUACUAGUAAAAUUUAAACUACAGAUAUUGAUACCAUACUGAAAAUAUUACACAAUAAAAUAAGAAACAAAAAUGAAGUAUUCAUCUCCUCAGAUCUUAUCAAGAGAUCAGAUCUUCAAACAGAUCUUAUCAAGAGAAAAGUGUUUUAAAGCCCUAAGCCAAUUUGAUUAAUGAGUUCGAAAUGCAUGUUUAAUUCCUCUGAAACAUUUUAGUUUCAAAGCCGUUAUUUUCAAAACAAAUUUUCAAUUUAAAUUAACUUUCAGUGGAUCUCAAGUGUUCAAACCUUUUCCUUACAUGCAUCCGCAACGCUUUAUGCAACAAAAUUACAAUACAUAAGUAGAAACACACACACACAUACACACACACACACACACA